AAAGAAAAUUUAAUAAGAUGACAAGAACCAGUGCAGGGGUGAUUUUGGAAACGAAAAGAAAGAGGAAAAAGAAGGAAGUAAACGCGAAGGCUGUGUUGUGUAGUGUUCCUCCACCAUCUUCAAAGCGAUGAGUUCCGCCGAUACAUUCAAUGGGAUUUCUGCACAAUCUGUCAAAGAGUCUGUUCCAGGAGCAAGCCUGGAAGCAAAACAGGAUGUUACUGAAGUAAAAGCUCAAGUUGAUGCCAUGUGGGAACAAAUGAAUAAAGGAGUAUCUAAUAAAGUUAUCAGCAGUUUUACAAGCAAGCCUAAAUCUACUGCAAAAAGUACUCCAAAGAAGAAGACAUCUUCUAACUGGAUGUCUUAUCUGGGGAUGGCACCAAAGGCAACUGAAUCUCUCGGGCAAUGUGCACCUAAGAAUGAACCUGGUUUGCUGCAAAACAGUACAAGCGAUGAAGCCAAGAAGAUUGCUGCUGCUGCUCUUGCAGCAGUGAAAGAUGAUGCUGCUGCUUCUGCCUCAAGCAGGGGGAAACUCGUGAUUACUGAGGUUCGAGACUUUGCUGGUCAAGAAAUUGAAUAUAAAAAGCUCGUAGAUUCUGAUUCAAAGGAGGCAAUUGAAAGAGCCAAAGCUCCUGCACCUUCUGCUGUGGAUGCUGUCCUUGAACAAAUCAAGAAGAAAGCAAAGCUCAGUGUACUUGAUAAGACCAAAAAGGACUGGGGAGAAUUUAAGGAAGAAAAUAAGGGAAUGGAAAAUGAGCUAGAUGCUUACAAGAAGAGUUCAAACCAGUAUUUGGAUAGGGUUUCAUUCUUACAGCGAGCUGACUAUCGUGAAUUUGAGCGAGAGAGAGAUGCCCGUCUAGCUUUGCAAUCCAGGAAGCGACCAGAUGUGCAAGAGGAUCCUGUAUGACUGAAGGAAGUUGAAGUAUGGAGUUGCUACCUUUGGCGAAUUAUUUAUUGUUUUGUCAUGAGUUGAUUAUCUAGGUAUUCCUGGAAAUGUCUUGGCCACUCAAGAUGAAAAUGAUGUUUGUUUGAUUAAAUGAGUGGGUGAUGAUGCAUUUCGAGGUUCAAGAUUUAGAAUGCGUUCAAAUGAUGCAGUGCUUGAUGUGGAUGAGAAAAACAUGGGACUAAAAUACACAGUUGUAAAUUUUAGAGUGACAUUAGUACAUUAAAUUCCAUGAAGAGAGCCUCAAAGAACAUGUCCAUUCACAACUCACUUGAGUUACUAGUCUACAAGAAUCAUUUUGUCUGUCCAAUUUUCGUUCUUUUAAAUUCCUCUGUAGUAUUACCGAGACACAAUUUUCUUGCUAAUAAUAAAUGCUCAAUUUAUUCUCUGGUUUCAAACCAGAAGAGAUGGAUGAAUA